ACUUUUACCAGCAAGAUGAACUAUUUUUUACCUUUUGCAUUUAAUUAUACCUGCAAGUUCUCUUGUGGUCAAUCAUCAUACUUCCCACAGAUGAAUCCUGCUCGUGUAGAAUGGGAUAUACCCCCACCUCCUGGAACUGAAGAUGAUCUUCUACCAGAGCCAAUUAAUGAUGAUCCAGGCCACAGAUCAGAGAAAGAAAUGUCCAUAGAAAAAGAAGAUGAGACACAGGAAAACGAGCCCACAGGUAGACUCAUAGAUCUAGUCAAUCCAUAUUUAAAAAAUCCUGAGUAUGUUGAGUAUGAGAAACGGUGCUUAGAUCGCAGAUUUAGAUCAAAGUCUAGAAGUCAUUCUCGUGAGAGGUUUCGAAGAAGACAUUCUAGGUCUAGAUCCAGAUCUAAGGGCCGAUCUCGACGAUCUAGGUCCCGCUCUCGCCGUAGAAGAAGAAGAUACAGUUCUUCUAAAAGUCGAUCUCGCUCACCAGCUUUUACACCAGGAGGUUACUAUCAAAGGCAUAGACACAAAAGAAGAAGAUCUCCAAAACAUUCCAGGUCUAAAUCUAGAUCAAAAAGUCAUUCAAGAUCGCAUAAAUCAUCAAGUAAAUUAAAGCACAGAAGAUCUGUUCAAAGAUCGUCUGAAGAAAGAGAUACUGAUAUUCAAGGCAUGAAUUCUCAAUUUAAUCAAUCAGUUGAUGAUAAUACAAAAGAUAAUGUUUUCAAAAAUGAUGGUUCGUUUUUAGAAAUGUUUAAAAAAAUGCAAGAACAACAAAAGAAAGUUGAAGAGCCCCCACCAGUUGUAGCUCCAAAACCAAUUCCAAUUUUUGGUAAGCGAAGAGGCGGUAAAGUAUUAAAAACUGGUAUGGUGCAAAAGCCGAAGCCUCCAACUUCAGAGGAGAGCUCAUCACGUGAUGCUUGGUCUAUGUAUAUGAGCGAGGUGAGAAAGUACAAAGCUGCAUGCUGUGAUGAUGAUUCCAAGUCUAGACCUCUUGUAAAAUGAAAAUAUUAUACUAAUAUGCUUUUGUUUUAUUUAUAUACCUAGUUUUAAUUUAAGUAGGUAUUUGAGUUAAUUUUCAAAAAGAACUGCUUUCAUAAUCUUUAGGGGUUUGUUUAACUGUAAUUUUUGUAUGUGUUUGUAAAGUGCUAUAAUUAAAAGUUACAUUUAUUAAA